UUAUUUUUUUCCGUCGUGUUUGCGAAUGCCGUAUUGAAAAAGUGCAAUAGUUUUUGGUGAUGUGAUGUUGCCAGCACUUGUUGUUGUGGAGGCCAUCAUUGCACAAAGUUCUCUUGAUCUUCGGCAAGUUCAUCCAUCCAUCGCGCAGUAUUUGCAACCGUUUUGACAUAUAAAUAUAUAUAUAUACAUCUUCGAAGUGAGAACCGGCUGCCUGAAGUGUACAAGCUAUAACGAACACACAGGCACACGUAAUUGUAAUUGAAGGGACAUCUGUUUGAGCACCCGAAUCAAUCCCCAUUAGCAUUAUUCACUCAGUCCGGCUUUAUGGUUCAGCGAAGAAGUUCGUCGCGAUGGACAUAAAGAACGAGAUUGAUCUGAGCGGCAAGCUCAUAAUAAAAGUACAGCUCGGUGACGAUAUCCGGCGAAUUCCCAUCCACAAUGAAGCCAUCACCUACGACGAGCUGGUGCUGAUGAUGCAGAGAGUCUUCAGGGGAAAGCUCUCCUCCAACGACGACAUUACCAUCAAAUAUAAAGAUGAAGACGGUGAUCUGAUCACUAUCUUUGACAGCUCAGACCUGUCGUUCGCCAUACAAUGCAGCCGCAUCCUGAAGCUGCAGAUCCUGCUCAACAGCGAUGGUGUGGAGUGCAAGAUCAUGAAGACGGAGGAUGUGAAUGGCAUCAAGGUGCAGCUGAGGAGUAUCCGGGAUCAAGUGAACAAGAUCCUUGAUACACUCGAAGUGCCUGCCGCCAACAAGGAGACAUCACAGCAGCAAACUUCUACUGAGGCUGUGGCCAACGGUGUAGAGACGACAUCAUCAUCGUCCUUGAGCAAAGUCAAUUCGAGCGAGUUCGAUCCGCUCCAGCAGGAGAAGGCGAACGCGACGGCGGUGAAGCCGGAGCCGACGAGCGCCAACGAAUCGACCGAGUCGAGGCCGCAGAGCGUGCCCAGCAUGGUGACGCCUGCCCAUUCGAUGCCAUCCGCGAGCACCGCAAACCAGAAUCCUCAAUACUCAAGGACACCGACUUCUGCUUAUCCGCAAUCGUCGUCGUUCGCUUCUUUGCCAUACACCGCCGGACAGUACACUUACUCUUCGCCCGGCUAUGGACAGCAGGAGAUGGGACAGAACUAUCAGAACUAUCCCCCGACUACUUUCCCGACAUCUCAGUUCGGCCAGCCGAUUCCCGGCAUGUACCCCGGACAGACCCAAGGGAAUCCGUACUCGAAGAACUACACGCAGCCGUCCCCGCAGCACGGGUUCCUCCAUCCGCGUUGAUUUUAAUUCGUCGUUACGUUUUACUUUUUUUUUUUGCUUGUAUUAUUUU